GUGAGGCGGGGGGUGGGUGAGCUCCAGAGAGCAGGAGCAAAAUGGCUGCGAGCUAACCCGCUGAUGGUGGGGGCACGUGAAGCAGACUGAAGCGGCCCGGGGUGGUAGGGUUGCGGGUCGCAGAGAAACACGAUGUUCCUGGUGGGCCUGACAGGUGGGAUUUCCUCAGGGAAGAGCUCAGUAGCUGCUGUGUUCCGUGAGCUUGGGUGUCCCGUUAUUGAUGCUGAUCAGAUAGCGAGAGAGGUUGUUCAGCUUAACUCACGAUCGUACCGCUUAAUAGUGCGUUACUUUGGCAAGGAAAUUCUCUUGGAGAACGGAGAGAUUAACAGAGAGAUGCUGGGCAGCAUCAUCUUCUCGGACAAUGAGAAACGGGGACUCCUCAACUCUAUCACUCACCCAGAAAUCCACAAAGCCAUGCUGAAACAGAUCUUCAAACACUUUAUACAAGGGUAUCGGUACGUUAUCCUUGAUGUUCCGCUCUUAUUUGAGGCCAACAAAUUGACGAAGUUUAUGAAGCACACGAUAGUUGUUUACUGUGACCCCCAGACGCAGCUGUCGCGGCUGAUGAAGCGCAAUAAACUGACGCAGACGGAGGCGGAGCAACGCAUCAGUGCGCAGAUGCCACUGGAGCAGAAGCGGAGGCUGGCAAACCACGUGAUCGAUAACUCGGGGGAGUCCUCCAGCACCUACCGGCAGGCCUGCAAACUGCACUCACAGCUGGAGGACUCAUUGGACUUCCUGACAGUCCGACUGCUAGCAAUCGUCACCGUGACGGGAAUCGGAGGCCUUUUCUACACCUUGAUAAGGAGAUGCAUUUUCCAGUGACUUUACCUUCGUCUGAGUUAA